GAAUAUUGUCGUUUGACAUAACAUCCUAUAACCUAAAAUACAUUCUGAUCAAGUUUUUAAUCUUAUAAUUUUCCUUAAUGUCGCUCUUGUAUAAAAUAAGUUCAGUGACGCUUACAUGCUCGCCAAAGCCACAUUUUUUGGCCCGGUUAACAAGCAGCAUACACAAAACACAUGCAGUGCGCGAGUUAUGUACAAAUAAGACGUCGAGCGACGAACCAAGUGCAAAUGCAGAAGCAGCUGCAACCAAUACAAUUGUUAAAAGUGGCUUCGCCCUGGCGUUUGACAAACACACAGAAGCGACUACCAAUAAGCCAGAAGAAGUUCCUGAUACAGAAACAUUCGCGUCAUUGCUGCGAAAAUCAAAAUUCAUUGAUCUAGGCGAUCCUGAAGGCAAGGUUGUGAGUGGCAAAAUUUUUCACGUAGUUGGUGAUGAUUUAUAUAUUGAUUUUGGUUGGAAAUUUCAUUGUGUAUGCACGAGACCAGUGCGCGGUGGAGAAGACUACGUACGUGGUGCGCGUGUAAGACUACGCAUCAAAGAUUUAGAGUUGUCAACGAAAUUUUUGGGUUCGGAAAAGGAUUUGACUAUUUUAGAAGCUGAUUGUCACUUACUUGGUUUGAUAUCAUCGCCUGCCAGACAGAGUACAAAAAUAUUGAAUACAAAUUAAGUAGCAUUUAUUUACAUAGACCUUACGUUAUUCUUACAUAGUUUUUCAGCUAAAAUACAAAAACAUUAAAACAGCACGUUAAUAUACCUAAAUAUGCUAUAAACUAUCAACUA